UUGAUCAGUUGUUCAUACCUUCGUAGUAGGUCCAUGUCCAGACCAAGUUUUACAGGGAGCGAUCAACCCACUACUAAUUUCUCCGUAGUGCUCGCUUUAUAUAGUAUAAUUUUGAAUGUGAAAAUGGCCUUUGGGGGUCUUCACUUGCAGGUUUUAUUGGUAGCGUUAUGUCUUCAUGUAAGUGCUUGGUAUCUUCUGAUUUCAGCUUGGUCUAAUGCAGUGUGGACAUGUCUUCUAUUAGGUACUGGUGGAUCCUUGUCCAUGGGAGUCUCAUUAAUCUAUUUCUGGGCUUUAAGCCAUCGGCCAUCUUCUCACCAAUCCUUUCUUGGUUUCAAUGGCAAUCUCCUUGUGAUAGCUAUUAUGAAGUUGACUGGACCCUCUAGCUUCAAGCGCGCCAUAGAAGCCUGGAAGACACCGCGUAAAUUCCAAGAAAAACUGCUUCAGAAGAUCAUCAAGGAGAAUGGCGACACUGAAUACGGUAAACGUUUCAACCUUCGUGACAUCCAUUCCCUUGAUGAAUUCCGUAGGGCCCAUCCCUUGACAACAUAUGAACACUAUCGAUCUUAUGUCGAUAGGAUGAUGGAUGGAGAAAAGAAUGUCCUUACCAGACAAACCCCAACGUCCUACGCGCGGACAACAGGAACAACUGGCAAAUCUAAACACAUCCCUUAUGUCAACAAGCUGGCCAUAUUUGAGACUCUUGGAGCUGUCUCCGAUAUUUCGUUGCGUGAGAACGCUCCGUCUUUAGGACUAUUUCAAAGGCGACUCUAUCUCUACGUUCAACCUCAUGUGAGCAAGACUACAAGUGGUGCCCGAGUGGAAACCAUAGCAACCCUUCCGGCUAUACCAGAUGUGUUUCUAGGACUAUUCACAACACCAGGACCAGGUCUCCGUCUGCAAACCAUCUACGAGGCAAACUAUAUUCAUCUACUAUUCGGACUACUAGAAAGGGAUCUUGGGGUGAUUCAGAUGACCUUUCUAACCUUUCUGGAGAAUUUAAUGGAGCAAUUAAAGAACUGUUGGAGAGAGAUCCUAUUCGACAUAGAGAAUGGUACCAUCAACGCGAAUCUCUCACUACCCGGUGAUAUUCGAAAGAGUCUGCUUAUUGCGUUAGGUAACGGAGAUCCUGGAAGAGCAAAAGAACUGAAAGAAGAAUUUAAGAGAGGAUUCUCUGGGAUUCUCAAGAGGAUUUGGCCUCGUCUUCAGGUAGUCAUUGCGAUUGAUCGGACAAACAUCUGGCCCAAGAUUGAAAGCAAGUUUGCUCGAGGCGUGAAAAUUAUGAGUGGAGGUUACGCAUGUUCAGAGGGAUUCUUUGGAGUCUGUUUAGGUCCAGCAAGAAUGAACCAGGUCGCUUAUUUACCCUUCCCAACAGACACAGUGGCAGAGUUUAUCAGAGAGGAUGAUAUUGGUCAAAGUCAGCCUAAGACUUAUUUUCUUGACGAGGUGGAAGAAGGAGAAUGUUACGAGGUCGUUCUCACUCAAGGACAGUCAUGUCUGUAUCGUUAUCGACUUGGUGAUGUCAUACAAAUUACAGGGUUCUAUGAAAACUGCCCCUUCUUCCAGUUCAUGUACAGAACGGGACAGAUGCUGAAUCUGAUCUAUGAAAAACUUGAUCAACGUGUCGUAGAGGAUGCUGUUAAAGCAGCUACAGCUCGCUGGCAAGGUGUGUCUCUCGUUGAUUUCGUCGUAGCAGAAAGUACGCUCGUUCCCGAUGAUUAUACUGAACUGGCUGGGCAUGAAACCACACCAUACUAUCUCUUUUUCAUCCGGAUUGAAGGCGAUGAAUCUCGGUCUUCCACUGGUCUGUCUGCUGAUGAGAAGAUCAUGAUCGACGAGGAGCUUCGUCUUCGUAAUGGUGACUUUGAUCGUCUCCGUCGGGAAGGUCUCAUCUCUCAUCCACGGGUUUACUCCGUUCGUCCUAAUGCCUUCGAUGCUCUCCAGAAGUACAUCUUAGCCAAUAGUAACGCGUCUAUCUUGCAAUACAAAAUACCGCAGAAACUCAGACUCUUCCCAAUGGUACAAGUCAUGUUGGAAAAUUCCUACAUAGACUAACGUCAUCGUAAGGAUUAGUAUUGAAGCUAUAAAGAAUUAAGUUUGAAGCUAUAGAGUAAUAAGUUGUUUCAUAAUUAUAGGGGAAAAUGAUAAACUCAGUACCUUGACAAAGGAGCGGCGUCACAGGGGAGGGUGGGGCAGGGGCGGUCGCCCCUAAGGUUUUUCAAGUAGUGGAAAAAAAAAUUCUCACGAAUUUGGAAAAAAGGAAAAAUUGUUAAGCGAGUUCCUCUGCUUCUCUAUCUCGCUGGAAAAAAAAAGAAAUUAAGCUUGUAAACAGAAUUACGAGAAAUGUAA